AUGAGGUCAAAGAAGCCUGGCGCCCCCAAAAGGAAGGAGACGCGAGCUCCCAACAGUGCAACCGUGCAAAAGAAGAGCAUUAAGUGUACAGGAAAUGAGCACAAGACACGGCGCAGGACUGCUGAGGCUCGUGCACCUCAGCCAUGCCGUGGUGGCGCCGGGCGUGGAGGACUUGUCCAGAUGCCGAGGGCGAGUCGUGAGGAUGGCUGUGUUGAUGAGGAGCGGCUUCACAUCGCCCUGCGUGACAUCCAGCUGCCCUCGGGAGGAGUCCAGAAUCACUGCGUGAGCGGCCCAGCCUUGGAGGAGCUGAGAUGUAAGGCCUACGUGGGUCCCGCUGCCGCUCUCUUUCCCCCUGAUGGACGGCCGGACAAGUCACGACUCAGGGAGACCAGGCUGGAGGUCUCUGGCCACAGUGCAACCGCAGAGGUGGAGCUUGGUGUGCCUGAGCCACGGGAACCUUGGGCCCUGCGCGUGAAGCUCUACCGGCGUCCGGCCAGCAGCCUCUUCGCGCAGGAGAAGAUCUCUGAGCUGGUGGAGGACGUGGGAAGGGAAGGGAAAGCGAUUCAGCGAGUGAGAAGAGAGGCGCUGCCCUGCCGCUGCACGGCGCAGCUGCACAGCGAGUCCUCGGCUCGGCCGGGGAGUGCUCAGGUCGAGGUCGAGGUCGCAGAAGCCUUUGCCACUCCCUGUGCUGCGGCUGGUGCCCGCCUCGGCCGUGGAGCCUGUGGGCAGGUCCUGGCGCAAGCAGUGGACGCCGGCGGCAUCGAAGCUGCCGACGUGGAGGCAACAACCUAUGAGAAACUCAUGCAUGAGACCGUAGACAUCGUAGACUGCGAGUACGGAUCUGUGAAAGUUGGCUCCGAAGCGAAGCAGCCGCAGCGCUGCAAGCGGCUGCCAGGCUUGGCAAGCCGGGAGCUUCGAAAACUUCUCUUCAAAAGCAAAAGGGCGGUCUCAGGGCGCAGCUCCGCAGCUCCGCAGCUCCGCAGCUUGCAGCUGAGGCCUGCGGUGGUGGAGAAGCUCCUCGAAGCAGGUGUCCAUGCGACCUUGGCUGCUGCCCGGGCGGCGGAGCAGGCCAAGGAGGAGCAAAUGGCCCGCGCCUUGUUCACCAAAGCCGAGGGCACCAGCAAAGCGGAGGUUUUGCUGAGCAGGGCUGUGGAGGAGCGGAUGCCCUUCGUGGCUGAGCAGCUGCUGAAGGAGGAUGCUGCUGCGCUGCAGGGUUUGGGGGAGGAUGCGGCGCGGAAGGCCCAUGCCGCUGGUGCUUGGACGGUGCUGGCUGCGCUGUUGGACCGGGGAGAUCCCAUGCCUGUGCCACCACGGCUGCUGUUGGAUUACGCCUUGCGUGCUGGCCACGCGGGCUUGGCCAGGUCCUGCUUGGCCCAUCUCGGCGAGGACACCAAGGACAUGGACCUGGCACUCCGCACCUGCCUCGACCACGGGCGGACAGAGAUCGUUCGGGAGGCUUUGGAGGUGAUGUGGAAGGCCCGCAGCAACGAGCACUCUGAAGGCCCUCCCCUCCUUGAGCUGGUGGACGGCGUCAACGGGGAGCAUCCUGCAGAGUGCAGCGUGUGCUUUGAAGAGCUUUACACCAAUCCUGGGAUCUUUGUGAACGAGCAUGGUUUCCGGGUCUGCGGCCACUUCACCUGCCUCAACUGUGCAGAGCAUGUCCAGGACGAGGCCGGGGAGCGGUUCCGCGCCUGGCGGGCUCGCCGCGCGGACGAAGAGAAAAGUUGGUUGGGUUUGAAAGAGGGUCGGCUUCUUCCUUUUCUCCCAGGCCGCGAGCCCCGCAUCCCGCGGCCCCCGGGCCCGGUGCGGCUGACAGACCCCACGGUGGACCCGAAGGCAUUCUUCCGCUUAGCUUGCGUCCCAGAGGAUCCCAAAGAGGCCAGGGCGGAGAACUUGGUGUUGAAGGAGAAGUGGGCACUCGGCACCUUGGCCGCGCUGCUCCCGGUGAACGUCUCGAGCUUUACUGGUAGCUUCCAAGAGCUUUGGCCCGCCUGGUGCGGAGGCAAGAAGGAGGGCCUGCUGGAGAAGGAUUUCUUGAGGCCUGGAGGGAUGCUAGCCUGGCUCAGCAGCCAUCUCCUGGAGCAAAAGGUCAACAGCCAAUUGGGCCAGCCGCCCUCCCUGGAGUGCGCCGAGGCCUGGUUUGGGUUCUUCGACUUCCAGAGCUCCGGCCGCCUCACCAAGUCCGAGCUGCUCAGGGGCGUCGUGAAGGCUUUCGACGUGUCGCAGCUGGCUGCACCUGGCACGCCAAGUCGACGCGCGCGGAGCGCUGGCGUAUACAAAUUGCGUGACCUGGUUGGUGCUAUAUGGGAUGACACGCGAUGGGCUGAUGGCGUCCCUUUGGAGGACUUCGUUGGUGCAGGGGGCCUUGCCGAGCGGCUGCGCGCCGCGCUGCCUGAAAGGCCUCUUUCUUCUUUGGCCACGGCCAAAGAAGCAGGUGCCAGGGUCCCGGGGCCUGGGCUCAGCGUGGAAGAAGCGCUGCAGCGUGCGCGGGCCAGUGACUUCCAGACGCUGCAGGAGGACGAGGCGCGCGCGAAGGAACGGGCAGAGAAGCAGCGCCAGCCAGUGGCCACCCCGUCUCCUCAUGGCCGGGAAAGGGAGCCGGGCUCGCGGCCGGGCAACGGCCAGGUGCUUUUGGCUUCCCUCCUGGAGGCUGCGCGGGAAGAGGGGCGAUUGGGGGCCACCCGCCAGAUCCGCAUCCAGUGCCCUUUCUGCGGCGUGGUCAACGGAGCCCGCGCCUCCGAGCGCCACCGGGUGAUCUGCGGGGCCUGUCGCAGCGUCUUUGCAGUCCCAAGCCUGGGGUCACGGCGAUGA